CAGUGGGAACUGAAGCCUAUGAAGUCUACUACUUCGGUUAUUUACGAAACCGAAGCAUAAUCCUCUGCGACAAAGCCCUACGGCUUCGGUCUUUUACGAACCGAAGCCCACCCAAACUCAUUUCAUUUCUCUCAAUUCGUCUUCAUCGCGUCUACAUUCUUUCUUCAGAGAACUUAAUUUCUCUUCAACCACAUCUCGCGCCUCAAGGUAUUUCUUCUUCUUCACCGAAUCAUCAUCGUCUUCAUUACCUUGCGCGUCUCCUCCAACACCAAACCUCAUACUAUGAUAGGGUUUCUCUUCCAUUUAGCCUUUCCCUUUGUUUUGACCGAUUAAAAUCCAGUUUCCACCGAUUAAACACCAUUCUACCGAUUGAUUCUUCGAUUAGCUCCAUUCUCACCGUUCAAUCUCCAUUUCACACCGAUUAAUCGGUUCAUUUUAUGUUUUCCCCCUUUUCUAGGGUUCCAACGGUCCAUUUUAGGGUUCUUCGUGUUUAUAGGGUUUUCUACCAUUCAAAUCCUAGCUUCUUGUGUUCUAGUGAGUUCGAUCUCACUUUUGUGUCCGGUUAGGGUUUUCACUGUUCUUCUUCGCUUCUUCGAUCCAUUUUAAGGUUCUUUGAGUUUUCGUCAAAUUCCGCUGUGUUUCUCUAUACGAGGAAGCUUGAGGAUGUUCGAUUCACGAUCAUACAAAUCCAAUAGAUCCUCUCCUCAAGCGUCUUCCAUCAACUUUACUAUGAGGAUUGUGUCCCUAAGCACUUCACCAUCUAUGGUUACGCACGGAGUAAGAUGACUGAUGCAGAACUGAGAAAAUCAGAAGCACAUAACUCAUGUAUCCCCAUAUUAGGGCUGGGCAUGUUUUCAGUUUUUGAGCUCGCCUUCGAAGACUUUGCCGCACUCUGCCGUAACACUUCUCCUUUAGUUGGAACUGUGCAACCCAAAGGAAAAGGUAUUGAAAUUGCAAAACCUAUUAUUGAAGCCUUGAAAAGGAAAGGUGCUUCUGCUGUGGGAUUUGCUGGUUUCUGUUGGGGUGCUAGAACUGUGACUAACCUUGGAAAAACCAAACUUGUUCAAACUUCUGUGCUUUUACAUCCAUCAUUUAUCACUGUGGAUGACAUCCGUGGUGUUGAAGUUCCAAUUGCUAUACUUGGAGUUGAGCAUGACUCAAUCGCUCCUCCAAAGCUCUUAAAUCAAUUUAAACAAGUCUUAGAUGCUAAAUCUAAGAUGGCAAUUAAAUUGCAGAAGCAGCUGGGAAUUCUAAUUGCAUCCUGUGAUAUUUCGGAUGGAAAACUUGUCACUGAAGAAGAGAAAACAAUAAGCACUUCUAUAAGUUAAGGUGUUAUAUUUUACAACUUAUUUAGUCAACGAUGCAGUUUCCAUGUUCCAUGUUUAAUUCUUCAUAUUGCUUCUUGCCUAUUUUAUUUAUUGAGAACUUAUACAUGAGUGAACACCAAAAGCUUUCUGCUAUUUUAAAGUUGUAGUUCCUGUCAGAAUUAUGUCACUGUAUGAUAUUUGCUAAAAGUAUUAGGUAUAAUAAAUAGUUUGAUUUGAUA